GUCAUUUCCUUUUCUUCACUCUGACUAUGUACGUAGCACUCUUUAGACGGGAUCAUUUUUCUAGCAAGGUAGUUUUCGUCAUCCACGACCCUUUUUCACCCUGCCUUUUACUCAGUUUCGCACGCAAGAAUCAAAGCGGCACAAAGCUGGCGACCCUGUCAUAGUGAUUAGUCGAUUUUGCGACAAUUUCUACUCGUGCAUUUUUCAGUCCUGUUGCUCCAAAGAGAGGCGCGACAAAGUCAUGACGUCGAAACUAGGUAGAAGAAGAAGAAGCAGUGUUGGGCCUGCCUUGUUGGCCCUGGCGACCGAGUGGAGUGCACUGUCUCGUGUCCUUCUCUCAUCUGGGGAGCAAGAUGAAGCUGCUCGCGGCGCCACCAUUCUUGCUGUUUCUGGGUAUGUGUGGACAGACGCCAUAAAAAAACGGGCAGCGGGCGCCCUUGUCAGCCAGUCGCAGCGUGAAGUGAGACGCCGCAACUUCGCCGGCGGUCGCGGAGCACUGCGACACGAUCAGCCGGGCAAGUCAGCGUUCUUGGGUGAGGUGAGCAAGACGAGAGGCCACACAACUGCCGUCGCAACUGGUAUUGGGCGUCGGGGCCUGCAUGCGGGAGCGGAUCAUGAGUCGCAUGUUGCCGAUCUUUGCGACGCGCACUUCGGGUCCGGCUUCCUGGAACGGUACAAACACAAUUCGGUCGUGCUUUGUGGGCACUUUUCCUCGGGACGGAACGCCACCGCAUGGUUGCAGUGCAGUGGGCCCCACCUGAAUGUUACCGGCAACAAAAUUGAGACGCUUGGGAAAGGUGCGUAUUGCUGGGGAAAGAACCUGAGUUUUUUUCAAGUGGCGAAAACACCAGCUCCGGACGAUUGGGAUUGGGCUUUGGAUGCAGACUGUGAGUGGAAAGUGGACGAGAGUUCUGAUUUGGUGUUGGUGAACCGUUAUGCGAGAGGCGGCGACGGCGACGACAAAAAGGCAGUCGUGCGCAUUCCCAAAAAAACGGAAGAAUUACCUUCGGCAGGGGCACGUUCAGCAGGGAAGGAAAUUUCCGAUGGGCCGCGCGUGGUCGAGGAAAACUUGUUCGUGUUGAGCUAUUUUGAAGACGUUUGGAACCCGAACCAAGGAUUGCCACAAGCUUUUUCGGUUCACUUUACGCAGCUGUUGGCGCGCGAGCAGCUCGCGCAGGAGGGGAAACAAGAAGACGAGCACACGUCGCAGCACCCCGCGCUGCCUGAAGGCAAUCUUCUUGUUUUGCAGAAACACUUCAAAAGCCGCAGUGAAGGCGUCUGCAAGGUUCCGUACCUGUAUCGGCAAAUGCUGGGGGGAAGGUACAUCCGGGAUGAUACUCCCCAAGAGCAUCAGACCGGGCAGGCAGGGGGAGAUCGUCGUGUCGAAACAGAGCAGCAGGGCCCAAGCCAGAAGCGGUUCACGGGAAAAAAUGUGUUUUUCGUUGUCGGCUCUGAGCCCGAAGACACCUUUGGACUGGAUUGCAAAUAUAUGCGCCCUAAGUACAUACUUCGGAAAAAAUCACGCCCACACCGUAUUCGUCUACCAAAAUGUAAGUGACGAUAAUGCAGAUGAAAGAGCAUCGAGGGAAAUACGACUUUAUAUAUGGAUAUCCUGAGAGAAAGAUUGAGAUUUGAGAAAUCGAAAUGGAAAUGGGUACAUUCGAAGUGAAGAAGCCGACACUUCUAGAUUGAUACAUCAGAAAGAAAAAAUUGCGGUACUUGCUCUAUGAAUUUCAAGUCGUGCAAGUGUAGCUGUAGCUCUACAAUUGAGCAGUAUCACAGUCACGUCGCAUUUAUUUCAUCGUGUCGACCAAUAUGGUGCCGGUUGUGUGCUUUUCUUUGUGAUGGCUCACAGACUUGGACCAGUGUCGGAUCGGGGACCCUGAUGUAGAUGCGCAAGCACAAAAGCAGGGGGAAUUUGCGCGUUUUAGCAGCUGCCGAGGACGGGCGCCCCUGAUCGAGUCAACGAGACAACGCAUUUUGAAUGUGUUUGAGCACCCCGCGGAAGGGGGUAGCGCUCACGCUCAGGCGGGGCCCCAUGAAAAAUGUACCGUCUUGUUUUACAAUCGCCACGACCAUCGUCGCAGGGCUACGAAUCACGAGGAGGCGCGACAGGCCCUGCAAGCCGAGGAAAACGCAUUGGCGUUGGAUGGCGGACAGCGCGCAACAAGCCCCCGCGGGCUCGACGCAUGCACGGUGAAAAACUUCGAUCCCGACGUGCUCUCCAUGGAGGAGCAGAUGGAAGCAUUCGCGGACGCUCGCCUCAUGAUUGGCCCGCACGGAGCUACAUUCGGUUUGGGCGCCGUGCUCAUGAAGCCCGGAAACUGCUCCGUUUCGGUCGAGAUUUUCACUGCGGAACACAAGGGCGCCCACAACAUUGCGCUGCUUCGGAACGUCACGCACAUCAACUACGUUCCGAGCUGGGGCCCGGCAUGGGGGGACUGGGAAUUCAAGUACAAUGUACCGGAACUGCGAAGCGAGUACAAAAAGUGGCGCGGAAUGGUGCGCAGCUGCCAGAAUCUCGAGGUGGGAACCACUCCGAAGUAG